AUGACUAGUCUUGAACAAGGUGUUGCCAAUCUCAACAUUUACAAAUCAAACUCCACUUCCAAUAACUCAUCUGCAGUCAGUUUAAAACAUGACUACAUAGAUACUCCAUUUAGUGGUAAAAAGGAUCAAUUUGAACAGGUUUUGGAUGCUCUUGAUUCCACUGGUUUUAUUCCUGAAUCUUUGUUGGAAUCAGAAGCCAAAUGGUUUUAUGAAUCAUUGGGAAUUGAUGAUGUCUUUUUUGCUAGACUGACUCCAGAAGAAAUUGCUGGUCAUAUUCAUGCGUUGUAUUCAUGUAAAGUUCAAGCUUAUGCAAAUGCUGGUGAACAACCGUUGAUUUCCUAUAAGAGAGAAGCUGAAGACCAUGCUGUGUUUUUUGACACGGUUGAUGCGUUGGACUACGCUAGAAAUCCUUUUGAAAGUUUGAUUGAUGAUAAAUACAUUGAUCCAAGUGAUGCUGCAAACAAGAGUUAUCGUGCUGAAUAUUUUGCUGCUCCAUUGAAUUAUCAAACAGAUCCGAUAUUGAACGGAAUUUAUGCCCAAAAUAGGAAUCUUGGUGAACAAAUUGUCAGAUUGGUUUUUGUUUACAAAAAUCAAUUCAAGAAUGGUAAAGUUGCUACCGAUGAAUUAGAUUUGGACAAGAUCAGUGAUGAAACUUUUUUGAAGAUUGCUUCACAAAAUACUAAAUCUUUAUAUGAAAGUAUCAAUAAGGAAGUUGUUAAAUCUACUGGUCCAAUUAUUAAGCAUUUUCAAAUUGAAAAUACUGAUGAAUAUCGUGUUAUUAUUGGUUAUAGGCAGAGUACAGCAGCAAGAUAUAAUUCAGCAUUGAGUGAUUUGGCCAAUUAUUACAAGUUGCAAACUACUAGGAAAUAUGUCGAACAAUUUGCCAAUGGAGUAACAAUUACAUCAAUGUAUGUCACUUCAAGACUGAGAUCAGCUGUUGAUUUAUCAAUUUAUCAAGUGAUUAAAGAAGCAUCUUUGUUGUACUGUAUUCCUCACAACUUUUUCCACACCAGGUUCAUUCAAGGUGACUUGUCGUUACAAGAGUCUAUUUAUGCUCAAUCAGGAGUCAUUUUCGUUACUCAUUUUUUGAAUCGUUUAGGACCAGAAUAUAAAAAAUUGUCUUCGUUAUUGGAUCCUUCAAAAUCAACUGAACACGCAGAAGUUUUGAGCAGUUUAAAAAAGAGAUUGAGAUCGGAGACCUAUACCCAAGAUUACAUCAAGGAAGUUUUUGAUGUCAGAAGUGAAAUUGUUCGUAAAUUGUAUCGUCAAUUUGCUGAUGUUCAUUACAUUAGAUCGUCAAUGGAAAAGACUUUGUCCUAUCAAAGAUUAUCCCAAAUUCAACCAGUUGGCUCUGAAGAGGAAUUUGAACAAUUGCUUAGUAGAGAAUGUUCACAAAAUGAGCACCAUGCUAUUGUUUUGAGAGCAUUGUACACAUUCAACAAAUCUAUUUUAAAGACAAACUUCUACACUUCAACCAAAGUGGCCUUAUCUUUCAGAUUGGAUCCUUCAUUCUUACCGGAAACUGAAUAUCCUGAACGUCCAUAUGGUAUGUUUUUCGUUGUUGGUUCCGAUUUUAGAGGUUUCCAUAUUAGAUUCAGAGAUAUUGCCAGAGGUGGUAUUAGAAUUGUAAGAUCAAGAAAUUUGGACGCUUAUAAUGUCAAUGCCAGGAAUCUUUUUGAUGAAAAUUACAAUUUGGCAAAUACUCAGCAACGUAAGAAUAAGGAUAUUCCUGAAGGUGGAUCCAAGGGUGUUAUCUUGUUGGAUUCAGGUUCAGCACAAGACCGUGCUCAAGCAAGUUUUGAAAAGUAUAUCGACGCAUUGAUUGAUUUGCUUUUGAAACAACACAUUCCUGGUGUUAAAGAUAGUUAUGUUGAUUUGUAUAACAAACCAGAAAUUUUGUUUUUAGGACCUGAUGAAGGAACUGCAGGAUACGUUGAUUGGGCUACUUUACAUGCAAGAGAAAGAGGUGCACCAUGGUGGAAAUCAUUCUUGACCGGUAAGUCAGAAGCAAUUGGUGGUAUUCCACAUGAUGAAUAUGGUAUGACUACUUUAUCAGUGCGUGCCUAUGUCAACAAGAUUUAUGAGAAAUUGAAUAUUGAUGAUUCCAAGAUUCGUAAAUUCCAAACUGGUGGACCUGAUGGUGAUUUGGGAUCUAAUGAGAUUUUGUUAUCCAGAAGAGAAGUUUAUGUUGGAAUUGUUGAUGGAUCAGGUGUUAUUGCCGAUCCAAAUGGUUUGGAUAAAGAAGAAUUGAUUCGUUUGGCUAAAUCUAGAAAGACAAUUGAACACUAUGACAGAUCCAAAUUAUCAUCUCAAGGCUAUAUCGUUCUUGUUGACGAUUUUGAUGUUACUUUACCAAGUGGACAAAUCGUCACUAGUGGAGUUGCGUUUAGAAAUACUUUCCAUUUGAAAUUGAAGGAACAAUUUGGAACCAAUGGAGUUGACCUCUUUGUUCCAUGUGGUGGUAGACCAGCUGCUAUUGACACUAAUAAUGUUCAUGAAUUGAUUGAUGAAAAGACGGGUAAAUCCAUCAUUCCAUACUUUGUUGAAGGUGCUAAUUUGUUCAUUACUCAAUCUGCUAAAUUGGUUCUAGAAAAAGCCGGUACAAUUAUUUUCAAAGAUGCAUCAACAAACAAAGGUGGUGUUACAUCAUCUUCAUUGGAAGUUUUGGCCGCAUUGGCAUUUGACGAUAAAGGGUUUUUGGAAAAUAUGUGUGUUGAUAAAAACACUGGUGAUAAACCCCAAUUCUAUCAAAAAUACGUCAAGGAUGUACAAGACAAGAUUGUUUCCAAUGCCAAUUCCGAGUUUGAGGCGUUGUGGAAAUUAAAAGCAGAAACUGGUACACCAUUUACCAUUUUGUCGGAUAAAUUAUCCCUUGCAAUUAACAAAUUGGGUGACGAGUUGGCCAACUCAAAAGAACUUUGGGAUGAUGAUGUUGAUUUCAGAAAUGCCGUGUUGUUGGAUUCAUUACCCCCAUUGCUUUUAUCAACUGUUGGUAUUGAAAACGUCUUGGCUAGGGUUCCACCAGCUUAUUUAAAGGCUAUUUUUGCAACCUAUUUAGCUUCACAUUUUGUUUAUUCAAGAGGUAUUGAUUCAAACCCAGCUAAAUUUUUAGAAUUUAUUAGUAAUAUCAGAAAGGGAUUUGUACAAAAGGGUUUGUUGAAGUAUUGA